UGGUGGCCGCUAUCCCUCUCAAUAGCCGCUCUCUCUGGUCGACAUUCCUUCUGGCGAGCGCAGCCGUUCUGCUCCUCCGUCGACUAACGCGAAGCCCUCGACGUCCGUCCAAAAUUUCCCAAAGUGAUGAGCGUGUCUUGAUCCUUGGAGCAUCGGCAGGCAUUGGUCGUGAAAUAGCACGGCAAUACUCUUCACGGGGAGCCAAAGUAUGCGUCGUAGGGCGGAGGGAGCGCUUACUUGCUGAGCUCGUCAAUGAGUGCAAGUCCUUGGACCACAAUGUACUGGCAUUGACUGGGGACGUGGCUAGCGCGGACGACAUGAUUCGUGUCCGUUCAGCAUUGGAAACUGAAUGGAACGGACUAGACACGGUCAUCUUAUCUGCCGGUGUAUCUGCCCUUCAGCCUAUUCUCUCUGUCGCCGGCAUUGAGAAUCAAGAGAAUGCUACUACGCUUCCUGACAUCGACAGCGAAGGCGUCAACAGAGCUGUUUCAAUUACUGAAGCGGCCGUCCGAGGCAACUACGUUGGUCCUAUGGUCGUCGCUCUUACUUUCAUCCCCCUCCUUACUCGCACCUCCAAAGCACCGUCCAUUCUCCAGAUCUCUUCUCUCGGUGCCGUCGUUCCAGCCGCGACAAGAGCCCUGUAUGGAUCAACUAAAGCUGCUUCCCUCGUUCUUUAUCAAGCCCUCGCAAGCGAACACCCAUCCAUUUCCUUCUCUUCUGUGCUUCCCGCCACCGUCCAAGGUUCGUUUCGCGCUUCUGCUGUAGACCAGGGCACAGUUCGCGAAACAGAUCCGAAUACGGGCGGUAUGAGGCCUAGCCAUGUAGCAAGGCGGUGUAUAACCGCAGUGGAUAACGCUGAGAAGAUCGUGUUCAUGCCAGGCUGGAUGAGAAUUGUUCAUUGGCUUUAUUGGCUGCGGCCGGCUUUGAUAGAGCCGGCGACAAGGGCAAAAUACAAUUACCACCCAAAGGUUUGAGGUACGACAAUAUGGGCAUGUUGUGGUCAGCUCAGCGCAUAUUACCUCUACAGAGAGAGCUUUAAUCAUCGUCUUAACUCUUGUACGGAACUCAUUGCUUCAGCAUGAAAGUGAAAUAAUUAUUCUUUUGCGUAUGCCUACUGCAUUUGCUCUAGUGUUAUAGAUGGUACAUAAACAGGUUCCUCCUCGAAGAUGAUGCCGUUCCAGGGCUAAUAAUCCGAGAGAA